AUGACACUUGGAAGAUACCAAUAUCUUGCACCGCCAUCAAAAGUGGCUAAACUAAAUCGUCUUCGCUUCUUUGGUCAUAUAUUAAGGAGACCGGCAGAUCGCUUUGUUCGGCAAGUUCUGAGCAGUUUGCCGGCUUCGAGCUGGAAGAAGCCACCUGGCCGAAAACGGAAGUUUUGGACUGAGGUGGCGAAAGAGGAGCUGAGGGCACUUGGAUAG